AUGACUGAAAAUGGAUACGAAGUUGUUGACGUAAAUGAUGGCGAUGCUGCUGCUGAAAGUGAGGAUGACAUGAAUGAUGAGGAAUUUGCAGAAGGAGCAAUGGGACCAAGCGAUGACGAAGAAAUACAAGCUUAUUCUCGAUCAUAUAGGCAACAUCAAGGGUCAGUGUUUUCCGUUGCAAUCGACCCUGCCAAUGGCAAUUUAGCAUUGACAGGAGGCGAAGAUGACGUUGCUUAUCUCUGGUCAUUAGAAAACGGGAAUAUUUUGCUUGAAUGCAAAGGGCAUAAAGACUCAGUAACUUGUGUCAGUUUUAGUUCAAAUAGCAAAUAUUUUGCAACGGGCGACAUGAGUGGGAUUGUUAAAGUAUGGGAAGUUGAAAAAAAACAAGAAAUAUUUUCUGCGGAAUGUAGCGAUAUCGAGUGGAUGGAAUGGCAUAGCAAUUAUCCAGUACUUCUGGCUGGCGCUAUAGAUGGAAAUGUAUGGAUGUGGCAAAUCCCUACAGGUCUUUGCAAGAUGUGUCAAAGCCAUGGCUCAAAGUCGACUUGUGGAAAAGUAUUCAACGACGGUAACCGAGCUUGUUUUGGCUAUGAAGAUGGAUCUAUAAAAAUAGUGGACCUCAGAACUCUAUCAACAUUGUACCAUAUAUCUGGAAAUACAGGCCAUUCGGAUGCAGUGACUUCAAUAGAUAUUUAUUCAGAUGGAAUUCUCAUAGCUACGUCUUCUCUAGAUGGAAGUAUUAAAGUUAUCAAUUCAGCAAAUGGAAGGGUUGUUUUAACCCAUGCAGCCUCGUGGCCAGACAAUAGCAAUAAUGAUAACAACACAAACACAGAGGCAGAAAAAUCAGUUGAAGCAAUCUCAUUUUCGAAACUACAAACAUUGCUCGCAUCUGCUUCAUUAAAUGGAGAUUUAGCCAUCUGGGAUCUUCCUACACAAAGACUGCGACAUCGUUGCAAACACGAGGGAGGAGUUUCCAAAUUAUUAUGGAAUCCUGCUAAACCACUUCUGUACACUGGAGGCUUAAAUGGCAACAUACUAGUUUGGGACGGACUUAACGGUGAAUGUCUUAAAGUUUGGCACGGACAUUAUGAUGAGAUAUUGGAUUUAGCUAUUAGUGGGUAUGUUACCCUUUCUAAGGUCUUUAUUAUUUAG